CUUUUAACAUCAAGAGGACUCGACAGGAACUGAAAGAAGAAGACUAAAAGCCGCUCCAAGAUCGGUUUGAAUGAACAACCAGCUCCGAUAGUUUGUUCAUUUGUUUUGUCCAACUGGUUUGUUUGGGUUUCUUGGACUUGUAUCCUACUGUGUGCCGUUAUAAUGUCCGGGAUACCUCCAGACACAUGGCAGCCGCCCACCGUGGCUUUGGAGACCACGAUGGGGACGGUUCUGGUGGAGCUUUACUGGAACCAUGCCCCAAAAACCUGCAAGAACUUCGCAGAGCUGGGCAGGAGAGGCUACUACAACAACACCAAGUUUCACCGGAUUAUCAAAGACUUCAUGGUGCAGGCGGGGGAUCCUACAGGAACAGGUCGAGGCGGUGCCUCCAUUUAUGGUAAACAGUUUGAGGAUGAACUUCACCCGGACCUGAAAUUUACAGGCGCUGGAAUUCUGGCCAUGGCCAACGCAGGACCAGACACCAAUGGAAGUCAGUUCUUCCUCACCCUUGGACCCACGCAGUGGCUGGACGGGAAGCAUAGUAUUUUUGGAAGAGUGUGCCAAGGCAUGGGAGUGCUAAACCGGAUUGGGCUGGUGGAAACAAACAGUCAAGAUCGUUCGGUCGAUGAUAUUAAAAUUGUCAGAGUCACUUUACCUAAUUAGACAAAACGUCUCUUUUUAAUUUGUAUUUUUUUAUUGCUUUGGAAAAUAAAUAUUAAAACUUCACAAAAGUUUUUAUUUUUGUCCUUGCAGUGUUAAUGCUUAGAGAUUGCCAAUUACCAAUAGCAAGAAAAAUUAAAACAUAAUAUUCCCUCUAUGUCAACGCAACAGAAUCAUUUGACAUGUUUUCACCAGCUUUUAAAGAAACCAAAUGAAUUGUAUAUCCUCAUCCCCAUUGACAUUUAUCUACAUCAGCUGUCCUCUGGGAAACUCAUGGAUGUCUUUCUUUUUAUGAAAGUCAGGAAGCACCCUUUAUCAAUUUACAUAAAUUAGUAAAUUAAGCACUUUGCUGUUUGGCUCAGCUAUUCACCAUCUCCAUUAAAAAAUAUAAAUAAAUCCCUCCUAUGGAAUAUUAUUUUUCUUAAAAAGAAAUGAACACAUUUCUUUCUUUGAAAUUCUCAACCACCAAAGUGCUGUCAAAGGACUUGCGGGAGGAGGCAAAAGAUGGAUUCACCAGGCCAGAAUAAAAUCAGAGACUUGAUGAGACGAUGAUAGUUGGAGCUUUCUAAAACACAUAUUGUCCCACAGUGGACGAUAUGUGAACAGCUUUAUCUGUUCGACAUUAAGUGGGGGAAAAGUAUCCCUUAAUUGAUUUAAUUUGUUAGAAAAUUUCCAACUUGAGAUCAUGCUGUCUGCAUAUGUGCUUCAGAUAUGCAUGACGGACUAUCUGUACUGUGUGCCUGUUAUAUUUGCAAGCCUUUAUGUUUUUUAAC